AUGGCGGUCCCCAGCCUCGCCGGCUGCCUGCUCGGCCUGCUGGCGCUGACCUCCGCCUGCUACAUCACCAACUGCCCCGUGGGCGGCAAGAGGGCCGCGAUGGACCUCGACGUCCGCAAGUGCCUCCCCUGCGGCCCCGGGGACCAGGGGCGCUGCUUCGGGCCCAGCAUCUGCUGCGGGGACGAGCUGGGCUGCUUCCUGGGCACGGCCGAGGCGCUGCGCUGCCAGGAGGAGACCUACCUGCCGUCGCCCUGCCAGUCGGGCCAGAAGCCCUGCGGGGACGCGGGCCGCUGCGCCGCCAGCGGCAUCUGCUGCAGCCCCGACGGCUGCCGCACCGACCCCGCCUGCGACCCCCAGGCCGCCUUCUCCCAGCGCUGA